CCCGCUCUGCUCGUGAGAUAAUGGUACCGUCCAUCAAUUGUGCAGCUACGUGAAAUUCAUUCGGGGGCCAAAUUUCUUUUACCGGGGGUGAGACGACGCUGGGCCUCCUGUCCUUUAGAAUGCGCCCUCAUACGCGAGGAGGACGUGGGUGCAAUCUGUGACCGCGCCAAAAUGGUUCGCUUCAUUCCUUUGGGCACAGCUAUUAUUUGUGCUUAUUUAAAUUGAAACAAUACGUCCGAGCCAAUUGUAAUUUUUGAAUUCGCGUAUUUAUUCAUCGGGCAAAUGGACAGCCUUGGGGCCGGACGCAAUCUGGCCUACAGUCGGUGGACCUACAACAGCGUCAUAGACGACGACAGUACCACCAGUGUACAAUCACAGCGUCUCGACAAGAAGCGCGCUCUGCUAGAGCAUGCCCAGCGCAGGCGUCGCCACGACAUGGUCACAGUGCAAUCGACCGCCGACGCAAAGGCACCCGGCGGGAGCCGCGGCGUUGCGAGGGGCGCCCGCAAGCCGCAGCGGGCCGAGGAGCAGGCGCCGCUCGUCGACAUCGUGAGCCAGCCGGCCGCAGGAGGCAUCCCCCCCUGUGGAGAGGAGGCGGCGGCGCCACUGACCAGCCGCGUGCAGGUGCUGACCUUGCGGGAGUGCCCGGCGCUGGGAUCGGUCCUGGAGCCCGGCUCACAGAGCGACGUGCGCUCCCCUCAUCACAACCCGGAGCUGCGAGACGCCCUCGCACAUCGCGGCCUGACGGGGAGCAUGAGUUUCGAGGAGGGCCAGGAGGGCUUCGAGGAGGGCAGCGCCGACGAUCCGGCCGAGAGUCUCCUCGCCCUGCCGACGUCGUCCCACGCGCACGGAGGGGUCGCGCGCGACGGCAAGGAGGACGGGGCGUCCUGCGGGAUCCGCGGCGGCGACGGGAGCCCCGGCGGGGGGUUCUCGCCCCCGUUGGCCGUGGGGGACCUCGAGGCAUUCGCUCUGCGCCCGGCGCCCCAGGGUGGACCCGUCAAGUGCCGCAUCACACGCGACAAAAAGGGCAUGGACCGCGGGAUGUUCCCCACCUACUUCCUGCACAUGGAUCGCGACGACGGCAAAAAGGUGUUUUUGCUGGCUGGUCGGAAGCGGAAAAAGAGUAAAACUUCUAAUUAUCUGCUGUCCACGGACCCUACCAAUCUGUCCCGCGAGGGGGAGAGUUACAUUGGCAAGCUCAGGUCUAACGUCAUGGGCACCAGGUUCACAGUAUACGACAACGGGAUCAAGCCAGACCGCACUGGCAUCCUCGGCGAUGGAUCCAACCUGCGGCAAGAGCUCGCUGCCGUAUGCUACGAGACAAAUGUCCUGGGAUUCAAGGGACCGAGGAAAAUGACGGUGAUCAUCCCUGGAAUGAACCGGAGUCACGAGCGCGUUCCAAUCAAGCCCAGAAACGAGCACGAGACCCUGGUGUCUCGCUGGCACAACAAGAACACGGAGCACACGGUGGAGCUGCACAACAAGGCGCCCGUGUGGAACGACGACACGCAGUCGUACGUGCUCAACUUUCACGGCCGCGUCACCCAGGCGUCCGUCAAGAACUUCCAGAUCGUGCACUACAACGACCCGGAGUACAUCAUCAUGCAGUUUGGCCGCGUCGCCGAGGACAUCUUCACCAUGGACUACAGCUACCCGUUGUGCGCCCUGCAAGCGUUCUCCAUCGCCCUCUCGAGCUUCGACGGCAAGCUGGCCUGCGAGUAAAACCCAUCUCCGGCCACUCGACCGGGCCCCAAGAUUCCGGACGUCGCCUCCGAGCGUGGACCCCGGCACGGAUGCGUAACCGCCGAUUCGGAGUCACGGCGCUCGCGGCUCGGUUUGGGCCCCCGUUCGGUGUGUGGUUCCCUGUGUGUGACGUGAGCGAAAGGCGUUGGGAGGGAAAAAUAACAACAACAACAACAAAACUCGCGUGAAAAGCAACGCGCUAAGUUUUCCCAAGAGUUCAUUGUGUCUUUUUUUAGGAACCCCGUGGGUCGUAAAGCCGCCGUGAGGGCGUUUACAUUGGGCUUAACAGACACAGGCCAAAGUAACCUUUUUGAAAAAGUCACUCAUUUAUGAAUACGAGGUUUUUUUUCUGAAUGUCCAAUGGCAAUUUAUGAAAAAUAAAAAAUAAAAACGCACGCCGGUCAAGUCGGUUGCUCGUCGCGUGGAGGUGGCGACUCCACACGACGAUCCCGCGAUUUGUUGAAUGCUAAAACCAGCGAUCAAGCAGUGGAGGGAAAUGAGCAAACAGUUAAAGAUUUGAAAAGUAAAAAAAAAAAAUCGCUAAUAUACACCCUUCAAAAAAGCCGCUGUGUAACAUAAAUGCAAUAAAGCCACCCUAUAUGCCAAUUAUUAUUAACACGCUGUUUACAGUUAAAUUAUUAUAUUUAAUCUAUUAAAAAAACUAUACAUUAAAAUAAACAAAACAUGAUUGAAAACGAAGUUAUGAAUACAAAUUAAAUGUAAAAUAAUAUAUUCAAAACGCUCUUCGCCUAUUUUCUUCCAAAGUAAACAUUGAUAUUGCGUUUUCCUCAGCUUGUAACUUUAUAAAAGGCAACAUCAUCGAUUGUGGCAAAUUUAAUGACCUUGGUAUUAAUUGAACAGAUCACGGGUUACGUAUGGAAAAACAGAAUCGUAUUAUUAUAUUUCCCCCACAUUUUGAGCUUGGUUUUACUCUUGAGACGCAAUGAGAAUAAUUUGGGCCACUCGUAGAAUGACAGUGCAGCGCUUGUUGACUGAGCAAAUUGUGUUUUAAUUGAUAUGGCAACUGUUUUGUUACAUAAUAGCUACCUCUGAAACCCCUUAAAGUGACCUCUGGUCAGCACGGUAUGGGGGUAGCGCUUACCCGCCCGGCCGCUGAGAGUGAUGAUCAUUGCAUGACAGUGAAACCAUUGUUUGAAAUUCUCAGAUCCCGCAACUUAUAGGCAAAUUAAGUGCAGGGGUUAUUAUUGUGCAGUCAUUGGUGACCGAGCUGAGACCAUGAACUCACUACACCUUGGACCCCUGUGUCAUACAAUCAUCGUGAACAAUAUUGGCCAGACAGAAACAGGAGCAUUUCUCCACAAUUAUGGCUGUCGCCUGACGAGGUUGGUUGUAAUUGCCGGCGAAAUGUCGAAUUGUGAAUGUUGUGGGUUUACUGUCCAACGUACCGGUGUGCUGAACUAGUAACUAAUUGGCACGUUCUGUUUACGUGACAAACCUUACCAAUUAUGGCUAAAAUUGGUCGCGUAAGCCUACCACGUGUUAAACGGAAGAAGAAAUAUUUCCCCGUGCGGCUAAAUGAAUCUUUUUCAGAAGAUUGUCAAAAUAAAUAAAAAAAACCGUGAAAUGUAAAUUCGUCCAAUUUCAAAAGCAAUUAUACAUCCACACACACUUUGCAAGCGUAGCUCAAUGAAAUCUUUGCAAGCAAUUAAUCUUUGCAAAUGUCAAGCAUGGUAUAUACGCCAGUGUUGAACAGCAGCUUUACGGAUGUAAAUUAUCGUUGCGAUAGUGUUAAUAUCCAACUGCGUUAGAUUUUGUACCUCGCCGAAGAAUAUAUUCAUCAGCAGUUGUAAAAAUGCCACAUCCACAGUUAAGAUCAGUGCAUUUAAAUAUACCGAUGUUUCUUUCACGUUCUCAAAGGCUCGGAUUAGCAGGGCAAAUGACAAAAAAAACCGGAGAUGAUUUCCAAAGGAAAGAUUCCUUAUUGUAAUUCUGUGAAUUCCGGGGCAUUGUCAGAAUUUUAAGCAUAUUUUUCAAAAAUGUCACAUCUCCAACAGAGCGAUGGGGGGGGGGGGGGGGAGUGGGGAAACGAUAAAAACGCGACAAAGCUGUGAAUUUGUGACACGCAUCAUCGAGAACCUUCCAGCACACACAAACGGUGUGCACCCCAAACUUUGAAGAAAAAAACACGGAGCUAUUCUUUUGAAAAUAAACUUGCAACAGUUACUUUGCCCUGUGGCUCAAGCAAGCCACGUGAUCUCUGCACUGAUGCGACGUGAUUUUAAUUGAGUGUUUUGGCCCGACCCCAGACUCAGCAUUACUGUAAUUACUCAAGUUUGUCCAGCUUUCCACAUUAGUCGUGGCACACAGCCAUCUGCCAGUAGUUAAUGCAUAAUGACAGAUGUAUUUAAGUUCAUUGUAUUAAGAGUAAUAUUUUUGUUCUGCUUAUUAGAUUUAUAAAUAUGAAGGUCAGUAUGGAGAGUAUUUCCCCAUAACUGGACAACCACUUUUAAGCCAAUAUCCAGUGAUGGUUGGAGAGAGCCUCCUGGUUAACCCAGCGACCUAAGUUAAAUUCCCGGCCACGGCUUAACAUAAGUGGCGAGUUAAUUUUCUAUUUGUUCGAGGCUGCCUCCCCCUGCACCAAGCCGCACUAACCAGCUUGGUGAAGUAUGGUGAAAGCAACACCCACAGCGUUGGGAAGCCAGGCCUGUACGUUACCAAGUUGCUCAUUGCGAUGCCUGAGCAAAACGACCAUCCGUCUAAGGAAGCCUGACAUUUCCAUUUAAACUACAGUUCUAAACCAAUCGUUUAUGAAUCCCCUAACAGAUGAGCAAAUACAAAUGACCACACCGGCAUCGUGCAUUUCGGCAUCAAAAUACUUCUUACUCAAAUUUCGAUUUAAAGCUUUCGUGACUGCAGGGAUUCAUAUUAUUGGCUCUUUCGGUAAAGGUCACGUAGAAGGGAAAUAAUAAAAAUUAAACAUAAUAAAAAUUAUCACGACGUUUCGGUUGCAACACAAGCAAUCAUCAUCAGGUGUGAAAACUACAGCAAGAAAAUUUGAGCUGAAGUGGGAGAGAUGCUGUAUAACCCCUUACCACAGUAUCUCUCCCAUUUCAGCAAAACAUUUCUUGCUGUAGUUUUCACACCUGAUGAUGAUUGCUUGUGUUACAAUCAAAACGUCGUGAAAAAUUGUAUUAUGUUUUAUUUGCAUUAUUUCCCUUCUACGUGACUUUUACCGAAAGAACCAAGAAUAUGACUUCUUACUCGUUUAAAACAUUACUCCGAUGCAGAGCGAAAUGAGCGAGGCAGUCGAAUGCCCUGGCAACGCUUGAGCAGUCAUUCGUGCCACCAAACCGUUCCCAAAAAUAUAUAUAAUUUUUACUUCAUUCCCAAAAACGUUAUUGCCUGGACAUCUCUGAUUGCAACCAAGUUGUGCAACUUCGUGCGAAUGAAUAGCAAGCAAUCAUUGGCGUGGCUUUCACUCUGCCCCCCCCCCUCCAGAGCGAUAAACAUCCCGCACGCGAGCCCUUGCUUUGCUCUCGUUAGCGCCACGAAAAUUAGACGUUCCGGCGAUGCCCCCUUAGCCCACGGCUGCACAGUCAAAGCACAAUUUUGUACUCCAUUGCCCGCAGCUGCACAGCUUUGCACCGGUAGCGCACGAUUGUCCAACGGAUGGAAACGCUGGGCCGAAGUUGAUAGCGGUGUUGCUUCCUCCCGGAGGUGCCAGUCCAGCUGGAGUUAAAACCGCUGAUUAAUCUGCAGCAUUGUAGUAACUAGGGUACCGUAAAUAGUAUCAAAGCCAGGAUCGUCUCACUGCCUCGCUUGGCUUCUCCGUGUGGCAUGCCCCCGCCGUAUUUGAACGCGGCCAUCGUUAUAUUUACAGCAGCAGCGUUCAAUCCACAGCGACUUGGAGGCGACACUUUAGAGGCCCCCACGGUAUCUCGGGCGGCUUUUCAAGGUACCAAGGGGCGCGGUGGCUCCGCGCCUUCGCCGGGCGUCGCGGGUUCACCAUUCCACGGAAACGUCGAGCAACACUUACGGUGGGCCAACAAAAAAGCUGACUUCCAGUAAGGCGCCGUGGGAGUGUUGUUGAGGCGUGUGUCGGGGUGGUGGUUCGUGUUGCCACAUGUCUUGUUUCACCUGUGCGCUAAACGGGUGUUGUUGUAACGGGUGCUCCGUCGAUGGUGCCCGGCGGUAAUAAAUUGCAUCGUGCUGGGUCUUCUUUAAACAACAACAACAAAAACGUUGAAUAGCUUUUGCUUUUCCAAAAUGUUAAUUGUUUCUCUUUGCCAGUCAACUGCAGUACUGGCUCAACGUGUAUACUCGACGCAUUUGUUAUUUUGUUCCGCUGUUGCGUCCCGGUCGUAAUGGCAAGUGGGGUAGAAUCCACUACGAUUCGCUGAUUUUCUGACGUUGAACCCAUUCACUGCAUCCUAAAACGCUUUUGUUUCGACAAAAUACAAAGGACGCGUUGCAGUUUCAUCCUGUUGGCGAGUAGGAUUACGCUUCUUUUGGACGAUUGCAUUCCCUCGUUAUUCGCGAACCCACUAUCAUCCGCUGUUGGCCAUCCGCAAAUCGCAUCUGGAAUGCUACGCGACUGCGUCGAGAGAGAGCGAAAGUGAUGAGAGAUAAUGUGAUGAGAGAUAAAGCGAUGAGAGAUAAAGCGAUGAGAGAGAAUGCGACGAGAUAAAAUGAUGAGAGCUAACGCUUAUUUAUGCAUUUAAGGUAAUUCAUUUAAAAGGUUUUCAUUGGCCAAUAUCCGCCAAAUUUGCUAUUCACGAAUAUCUCUGGAACGUGUCCCUCGUCGCGAAUAACGAGGGAAAUCCCGUAGGCAUUUUGUAGUCGUCUUGUCAAUUUUCCCCAAGCGACGUUCUAUUGAAUAAACGACACCUAUUUGAACAAAAUAAGUCUAUUCGCAAAAAAAAACACCCGUAACUGCGAGGCGCCAAACAUCCGUUCCGUGCAAACGUUACGUUUCAUACGGAAUGACGACAAUUGUGAGGUUUUUUUUUGUAGCGAGUGGUGGCUGCCCGUGGCGUUCUGGGUCUUAGUCUGAAAGUAGCACGUUGUGUGCCCCAAGAUUGCACGUGAUUCAAAACGUUCUGUGACAUCGCGUUCGGUGGCAUUUAUUAAUACACACCGCUUGUGCGCGACGCUUGAUUUUAUACCGUUGUACGUACACCUGCCGAGGUUGCUCGUGGUGAUUGCUCGAAGUACGGCCAAUUUACACGAUCGUGUCUACAUGACGUGGCUUCUGACACAGUGACCCUAACGAUGUUGAUUAGGUGACACAAGAUGCGACGGCGGUGAUUUUGCCGAUCGUCGCGAUGGUUUAUUGGUUAAAAUCGGCCACUCGCUUGUGUAUACAUUCCACUGAAUUGGGUGGAUUGACCCCAGCAGUACGUUGUUGUUCACUUCCUAGAUGUACGUGACUUGGUAUGAAUAAAUCGUGCUUGCAACUCCAAAA